AUGGCAGUAAAAAAAGUGGGAAAAAUUGUAAAGAAGAGAACAAAGAAGUUCACCCGUUUUCAGUCGAACAGGUUUAUGCGUGUUAAGCCUGCAUGGAGAAAACCAAGAGGUAUUGAUUGUCGUGUCAGAAGAAGGUACAAAGGAACGAAUUUAAUGCCAAGUAUUGGCUACGGAAGCAACAAAAAAACGAAAUAUUUGUUACCAAAUAAUAAGUACAAAUAUAUAGUAAGAAAUGUGAGAGAAAUGGAACCGUUAAUUAUGAACAACACAAAGUACUGUGUGCAAAUUGCUCAUAAUGUUUCGAGUAAAAAGAGAAGGGAAAUCAUUGAGAGAGCCAAACAAAUGAACGUGUCGGUUAUUAAUGCCAAAGCUAGGUUACAAAAAACGGAAGAAUAA